GUUAUCGGGAUAUCAAACUUUUUUUUUUUUUUUUUCUUGUAUUUGAGUUUGUCUCAGGGAGGAGAAAAAGAGAUGCAGUCUGCUAAGGAGAAGCUCAGCAACAUGGCCAGUUCUGCCAAGGAGCACCUAAACAUCUUCAAAGCCAAAGCUCAAGAGAAGGGAGAGAAAGCAACAGCAAGUACAGAAGAAGAGAAGAAGAUAGCAGAGGAGGAAAGAAAAGCUAAAGAGGCAGAAGCAAAAAGGGAUCUGCACGAGGCCAAAGCCGGGCACGCAGCAGACAAGAAUUUCCAUACCCACAGGCCACAUAAUGACCAUCAUGACCCUCCUUUAUCUGGCUCUACACUUCCCACAUACCCUCUAGGAGGCCAUCGACCAGGACACAAAUAUCCCUAGCUAGCUCUAUAUAUACCUGGUCUUUUUAAUCUAUAUAAGUCUUUGCAUUUCUAGUUUGUCGCUGAGGUUAAUUGUCUUUUUCUUUUUUUGGGAGGUUUUGUAAUGUAAAUAAGUUUGCGCUAAUAAGGAAAUUAAUUACAAGGACUGUUGUGAAUUAA